AUGGGCGUUUGGCAUAAACGUAUAGCGAUCCCGAAGCGUGUCGCUACGUCUGAAAAACCCCCUGUCACUGAGAUACAACCCGGACUGACCUUUUCCAGCCCCGGAACAACAACGACAAUAACAUCGGCAGCGGCAAAAGCAUCACCACCAUCACCAUCAGCAGUGGCAUCCGUCGCCCUCAAGAAGUGCAGCCCGCUGCUGACAGCCAUUCUCUCCAGCAAUCUCGAUAUGGCGCGCCUCCUUGUCGGAGCCGGGGCCAAACUCGAAGUGCGCAGCGGGCCAGCGGGGCUGACCCCGCUGCACCGCGUCGUCGACGGUGGUAAUGUCGACGCCACCCUCGCUCUUCUGGACCUCGGAGCGGACUUGUUUACCGCCGACUUGCGCCAGCGCGGCCUCCUGCAUACGGCGGUGACCGCAGCCACCAGAGUGUGGUGA